AUGCCAAUGGUCACCGCCGACAAGGAUCUGCCCAAAUUGCUCGAUGCCCCGGCGAAGCAGGUCAAAUGGGCAAAGAAGCUGGUCGCCGAGCAUUUGGGCAGUACCGCGAAGCGCAUUGACAAGCCUCCAAUGCAGGGAAUGUUUAGUAGGACCCUAUUCGUUACCCUCGCUGACGGUCGUGAGGUGGUCGUGCAAUUUCGUACCGAACCGCUUGACGCCAACGCGUUCAAAACCGCCAAAGAUGCCCUGGGCUCAUUUGUCCCAAAUGCUGAAGCACUCGGUAAUGAAGAGUUGGAGAACGCAGGUGCCUGGGCUUACUCCCUCACCCGCAUGCCAGGCAAGAUGUGGCUGCACGGAGUCGCUGGCAAGGGAGCCGAAGGGCGUAUUGCCAUCAACAAGUCACUGGGCCGUGUCUUUUCGAAGGGUUAUCUCGCUGAUAAUAGCCACAAAGCUGUUGAAACCAAGCUUCGACCGCACCUAGACGCCAUUUUAGCGUCACCGUUGGAAGAUAUCCUCCCCUAUAAAGCGACUACCGAGAGCUUCGCCAGAAGGCUUGACGAGUUUGCGCACCUCCCGCUGUGGGUUGCCCAUUACGAUCUCAACAGUGUGAACGUACUCAUCGACGGAAACUGCGAGGUCACCGCCUUGAUCGACUGGGAACUGUCUACCCCGCUGCCGUUCGGGGCCGGAUUUGGCCGUAUCCACACCCUUGCUGGCGAAUUUACCGGAGGCGAGUUCUGGAUGCCGGAUGAGUUUGAGGUUGCGGAAAGGGGAUUUUGGACGGAACUGUUUGACGGAAUGCCGGAACACAUUCGAGCGAUGUUGGAGAAGCGCCUUGACUUGGUCCAGGAUGUUGUCAUCCUUGCGACCUUACUGAGUUGUUUCUUCUUUGAGGAUGGGAAGAUCGGCGUUGGCCAGCCACUCCUCCCAGAUUGCUUCUGGCUCCGACUGAUACAAGAACUGAACCUCGACUUACUUGACCUCUACCUAUGGCAAUCCCAUCUCUCCAAGCACGUUGAUGAGCGGAGCAUUCCGAAUCUUGAGGGGCCUUUAGUCCAAGUGACCCACGGUGUGGUCGCUAUUGUUGCCGACACGUCAAUCCAGGGCCGGGUAUACCUGCGGCCGUCAUGCGAUAGUGGGCGCGGUGUCUGCUGCCUGGAACUGAGCAGUACCAACAAGGGUUUCGUGUCGAUCUUGCCCCACCGCGGACUUCAGGCCCAAGAGAAGCUGCAUCCUGCCAACGGCGCCUUUUGCCAAAUCGAACCACUCCGAGCCACUCUAACCACAAUUGGGGCAGGAAGUGGAUUUUCGUGUCGCCGAGUCCAAAAUCACCUCGACCCAAACAACUCUUUUGCAACUGCUUUUGACGAAACGAACGACCUCGCGGCUUGCAGCAGGCCUUUUCCGUCGGCCAGCCUGAGCGCCGAUAGAAACCUCAUCCCCCCGCGCGUCAGCACGUUCCUUGCCAUGAACAGCGGAGUUUCCAAGGCGCGGACCCGCCGCUCUCGUGUGCAACUAUCCAAGGCCUUGCAAGAAACGCUGCUGGACGCUAUUGCAGAUAGCAUUGCAGACCUUCCGCGGAGCCACCGAGAGCAGUCUCCAGAGAGCGGAGAUCCCGCCGGAGACGCGACACCCGUGCAGGCUCGGAAGAGGCGACUCGACGCGACAGGUAGCGAUCCGUUGCCCGCGAAGAGAGCCCGAUUGAUACGGACGGACACGCAACAGCCUGGAGUUGAGGACGAGAAAGCAGAGCAGGCGGACAAGACUUCGUCGACCCCGUCCAUUCGGCCCCCGGUCCCGCAUCCAUCCACACCUUUAUUUUCGAGUGGCUCGAGUCGGUCGGAUCGGAUCGAGAGAAAUAGUGCCGACGACGUCCCCGUUUCGAGGAACCUUACGAGAUUGGCACCGGACAUGGGCUACACACGGGAUGCUGAUGGGUUUGUAGUGCCGCCGACGCCGGCUUCUACCAGGUCUCGUUUAUACCGUUCAUACCAGGCGAUGGAGGAUUCUGCUUCCAGUACUGCCAGCGUUCGCCAUCCGUCUUAUCGUUAG